AUGGCCCAGCUGGGCUCAUCACAGGUGCUGUCAGGCUGUGCCAUCAUCGUCCGUGGGCAGCCCCGAGGCGGGCCACCCCCCGAGCGCCAGAUCAACCUCAGCAACAUCCGUGCCGGGAACCUCGCCCGCCGCGCUGCCGCGGGCCAGCCGGAUGCCAAGGACACCCCGGACGAGCCCUGGGGGUUCCCGGCUCGCGAGUUCCUGCGGAAGAAGCUGAUCGGGAAGGAGGUCUGCUUCACCGUGGAGUACAAGACCCCGCAGGGCCGGGAGUACGGGAUGGUGUACCUGGGGAAAGACACGAGCGGCGAGAACAUUGCCGAGUCCCUCGUGGCCGAAGGGCUGGCUUCCCGCCGGGAAGGGAUCCGAGCCAACAACCCCGAGCAGAGCAGGCUGGCAGAGCUGGAGGAGCAGGCCAAGAGUGCCAAGAAGGGGAUGUGGAGCGAGGGGACGGGCUCCCACACCAUCCGGGAUCUCAAGUACACGAUCGAAAACCCCCGGCACUUCGUGGACUCCAUGCACCAGAAGCCAGUCAAUGCCAUCAUAGAGCACGUCCGGGACGGCAGCGUGGUGAGAGCCCUCCCUCCCGAUUACUACCUGGUCACCGUCAUGCUUUCGGGGAUCAAGUGCCCCACGUUCAAGCGGGAGGCGGACGCCGAAGUCCCCGAGCCGUUUGCAGCCGAAGCCAAGUUCUUCACGGAGUCGCGGCUGCUGCAGAGGGACGUGCAGAUCGUCCUGGAGAGCUGCCACAACCAGAACAUCCUGGGCACCAUCCUGCACCCGAACGGGAACAUCACCGAGCUCUUGCUGAAGGAGGGCUUUGCCCGCUGCGUGGACUGGUCCAUCGCCGUCUACACCCGCGGCGCUGACAAGCUGCGCACGGCCGAAAGGUUCGCCAAAGAGCGCAAGUUGAGGAUCUGGAGGGACUACGUGGCCCCCACGGCAAACCUGGAUCAGAAGGACAAGCAGUUCGUAGCCAAGGUGAUGCAGGUGCUGAACGCGGACGCCAUCGUGGUGAAGCUGAACUCUGGGGACCACAAAACCAUUCACCUGUCCAGCAUCCGACCCCCCCGGCUGGAGGGGGACAGCACGCAGGACAAGAACAGGAAGCUGAGGCCCCUCUACGACAUUCCCUACAUGUUCGAGGCCCGGGAGUUCCUGCGCAAGAAGCUCAUCGGGAAGAAGGUGAACGUGACGGUGGACUACAUCCGCCCGGCCAGCAGUGCCACCGAGACCGUGCCCGCCUUCUCCGAGCGCACGUGUGCCACCGUCUCCAUCGGAGGAAUCAACAUCGCCGAAGCGCUGGUGAGCAAGGGCCUGGCCACCGUCAUCCGCUACCGGCAAGACGACGACCAAAGAUCCUCACACUACGACGAGCUCUUGGCCGCCGAGGCCCGGGCUAUCAAGAACGGCAAAGGGCUGCACAGCAAGAAGGAGGUGCCGAUUCACCGGGUGGCCGACAUCUCCGGGAGCUUCACAUAA